ACAAAUUGUUAAGUCUGAUUAAUAAUAAAAUAAAUCAGUUGGUACGAAUUGACAAUUGACUUGGUACGAAUUGUCCAAAUCUGGAACGAACUGGUUUGGAACGAAUCGGACUUGGAACGAAUAUUGACUAGCAUUCAAGAAGACAAGUGGCAAUGAAAAUUACAGUUACUGUCCCUUUUCAUAACAGUCCCUUCAACUUCAACGUGAAAUCUGUUUCGUCUUGAUCUCCGACAAAGUGGAUAUAUAUUUUGUUGCUUAAAAAAAGGUUGCAGGCCUAAUCUUUUCAGAAAAUGAAGUGGAGAGAGUUAUUACAGGAGACUGUGAGCCCAGACAUCCAGUUCCUAUCACCAGCUGUUUCCUCUGUUAUAUUCUGUCUGUUAGUCAUGCUUCUCUGUGUUAUUAUGCACAAGUUAUCCAAUAUGUUCCUGCCAGGAUCAAUCAAAUUAUAUGCCUUGGAUUUUUUCAAGAGUGUUGCCAUGUUUACAUACCCUCUUGCCUUUGGUUUUACCAGGACAUACCAUGGCCACAUAGGUUACUGUGUGAUAAUGGUUCCAAUCAAUGUAAUAACGAUCCUGCUGAUGGCUGAAGGUAAUAUAAGUCCUGUUGAUAACUUCCUGUUUGCUAUAAAAGGCCAGCAGGCAUUAUGGAAAUCCAUUUUACGAAUCAUAAUUCAAGUUAACGGUGCGUUUGCAGCCUUUUACCUAGCUCAGAAGAUUAUGCAGUUAGAAUUUCAUGAAGAUUUCGAAAACAUGCUAUCAACUGUUUGUAUAUCAGACUUAAAAGUCACUAUAUUUUUUGGAUUUCUGAUUGAGAUGUUGGGAACUGCAUGGGAUGUUUGGGUAUGGUCACUUUCAUUGUCCAGAUAUCAUCGUAUCAACCUCAUAAUUAAAAUGACCAACACUGCACUUGUUGUUUGUUCAGGUGUGCAUUAUACAGGAAUGUACAAUCAACCUGCCCUGGCAACAGGAUACACAUUUGGAUGCCAUGGGACCUCCAAUGUAGAACAUGUUUUCGUCUAUUGGAUAGGACCUUUUAUUGGUGGAUAUAUAGCUGAUUACAUUUCAGAAAAUUUCAAUAUACAACUGUCUAGCAAUGAAGUAAUGCAGAAAGGUAUUAACAAGGAUAAAAGCAUGAAUCAAGAAGAAACAAAAAAUACCUCAACAAAGCAUCUCAAGAAACACAACUAGGUGAAUUUUUGCUUUAAAUUGUAUUAGUUUUAUCUAUUUAUAGAUCACAUAUAUAAUGUCUAUCAAAAUCUAGCAUUUAAUUUUGUGCUUUAAGGCAGCAACCAUUUGAUUCUCAGGGGGGGGGGGGGGGGGGGAAUAAUUUGUUUUUGACCCUGAGAAAAAAAAUUUGUUUGUUUCACCCUUAGCUGCCACUAUAUGUAAUGCUAAAAUUGAAAGAAAAAAAAUGUUGUUCGCCAAAGCAUGCGAAAAAAAAGUUAGUGUAGAAAAAAACCCAUAGCCCCCCCCCCCCCGAAAAUCAAAUGGUUGCUGCCUAAGUAUUUUUAUUUUGCCUCUGGUAUUUAAAAGCUUUAAAAUCCGUGAAAUCCUGAUCUUUUAGAUUUGGAGGAUUACAGCAUUUGUCUGUUAAAUAAAUAAUGAUUUCAAAUUUCUGCUUGAUAGCUUCCAGUUAGAAAAUGCAAUGAGGCCAUAAUUGCCAAACAUAAUUCAAAUCAACAAUUUUCUAUUAAGAUUUAGAUACUAAUACAAAUAACAAACCACCGUUGCCGACAAGAUAUUUAUAUAAGAAGAUGUGGUAAGAUUUCUAAAGAGACAUACAUGUGGAUGAUUGCCAAUUUUCAACCAGACUCCAGAGGAUGUAGAAGUUAGAAACUACAGUUUACUGUACAUCCUUCAACAUUGAGCAAAACCAAUAACACACAACAAACUAUUAAUGGCAUCAGCAUGACAAUUGUACAACAAUUCUUACAAGCAAACUAUUGCCUGAUUUUUGUACAAAACAAUAAACAAAUCAAAAAUAUGAUCUGCAGCAACAAACAACAUACACUGAAUUAUAAACACCUGAAUUGGAAAAGACACAUACAUAAUUUGAAGGGGUUAAACAUGUUUGAGGGCACAUACCCCCCCCCCCCCCCCUAACCUGAGACUGGUGUAACAAGAACAUUCCAUAAAAAAGGCUCAACUCAGAUUGUUACUAAGCACACAAAAACUAAAAGAAUCAAGACAUAAUGUAAAUAUCUGAGAGUAGUCUCUGAAAACUAGAUCAAAGCCAUUAAAGCUAAUAACAACUAAUUAGACAAAUUAAUAUAUCCAAGGCUAAAAUAUCAGUAAGUACACAUCAAAUGAAUUUAGUCUAAAGACGUCAAAAACAAAAGGCAAGUAUGAAAUGAUAAUUUUUUCAUCAAAUACGGUGUCCAUGAUAUGUUAGUGAGAUCAUGCGAUAUGAUUGCACUGAACUGAUCAGCUUAUUGAUUUAGAUUUAUCUGGCAAUAAAAAAGCAACAUUAUUGUAUAUAUAUGACCACUUAUAUGGCCCAUUAUAUGGCUCAUUUGGAAAGAACUUACAAGAAAGUAGUACAUAUUUAAAAAAAAAAAAGUUUCUAAGCAUAGUAGUUACUUUGUCAAUAAGUUAAAUAUUUGGGGUUUUUGAUUAUGUGAUUACUGAGCCAUUUUUAAAGUGAUUAUUUGAUAAUCUAUGACUAUUUUUUUUAUUUGAUUACCUUGUUUAAAAAACAAUUAUUGAUUAUGUGAUUAUAAUGGCAAAAAAAAAUGUUUUUAUGUGAAUACUUGAAAACCCCAAAUGAGGGUCCUUUGAAAUAACUAUUCCUCUAUUUGAACUCAAUACAACAUAGCUAUGAAUUCUUGAAGUUGCAGAAUAUAACAUACAAAAUAAAGGAGCUUUGAAUUAUUGGUGCUAUUCCUGAUAUUGAUAUUGAAAGCUUUUAAGAUUGUUUAUUUGUUUUAAAUCCAUAGGUAACAAUUGAAUCAUGACUGACAAUUAUCUUUAAAUUGAGACUGAAUUCUUGUACAGGUAGAUUUAGUUUAUAUAAAUAAAUUCUAAUUUCUUUUUUUUCUGCUCCAAGUUAUGAUUUUGUUUGAUAUUUAUAUGUGUUAAUUUUUAUGUAUGUAUAAUGAAGAAUUUUAUAUCAUGAUUUUCUGAGUGUUUAACACUUUUGUUGUGUGCACAAGAAUUGCUCUGGUGUAAUGAUAGUGGUAUGUUGAAACAGUCAUCUGUUUGUUAUAACUUUGAUGUGAUUGCACUUUUUACAAUCGAAAAAUGAUCUUUAGUUUGUUUGCAUAAUGAAAGUUUAAAGUAUUUGACUUGUGGACCUUAAUAACUUUUCUCUCUGUCUGUUUGGUUAAUUUGACAUGAGUCUUGUUGUUUCCAAAGCAAAAGUUUGGUCAAAAGUGACUAGUGUUCCAAAAUUUAUAUUUUAUGUAAAUUCAAUUUUGUUGAUUGCUUCUUUCAAUUUUAAAGAGACCUGUGUAUGUUAAUGAAAUACAUUUUACACAGUUUAAAUGGUUGAUCAAAGUCACUUAAUAGAGUUUUUUUUUAAUUUCUGAAAAGCUGUUUUUAGAUAUAAUUCAUGAAAAUCAUAAAUUACAUUACAAGAUGUCUUUCUUGGAGUUUUCAAUUCUAUUAAUUUUUCUGUCAUAUUACACAUAAAAAAAAUCAUUUGUCAGUAGUAUUGUUUAUUUGUGCAAGUUGUCCAUAGACUGGGUUAUGAAAAGAGAAAUCCAUUAACAGAUGUUAUUUUUACUCUUUUUAUCUCAUUGUAUUUUUUUCAGAAUAUAGAAAGAAAAAAUGUUGUCACUGUAUAUUUAUUCCUGCUAUAUUAUUCAUGUAUAGAUAAUUUGUAAUUUUUUAGUCAUAAUCAUCUGAAAGUCUUUACAUAAAUGUGUGCUUUGAAUAAUGCAUUUAAUGUAUAAAAGUACAUAUUGUUUGAAGAUAGGCCGACAUUACGGUGAAAGAACAGUGAGACUGAGUGUACAGAUUUUUGUAAGAUUCUCCAUACACAUUGUUAAAAUUGGAAAUUAGAAAUAAAAAUUAAAUAUUUUUAUAAUUCAUUAAUUCAAGUUCAACAUGCUAAAAAUAAUGUAAAAUUGAAUAAGAAUCAUGGUAUGUCACAUCUGGUUGUAUACAAAAAUAGGUAGAAAAAAAAUAUUCCCUUGAAUAAGAAAAUUGUAGGUAAAUAAUUCUACAUUUUUUUUUGCAUUAAAACAUUCUCUGUGUCAUAGAUAAUGUCUUCAGAAUUUCAAAGCACCAAUAUUUUUUUUUAUUUGGGGUUUCUAUAUAAUUUUUUGUAAACUUGAGGUUACAUGGUGACUUAAUCUUGUACACAGGUUAAAUAAGGGGAUAAAUUGGAUUGGUUAUUUAAAUUCCAGUGAUGGUUAUUUUCUUGUAUGCAAUGAAAUGUUAUGUGACAUUUUUUCUAUAGUACUGGACAGGAUAAAACUACACUCAUGCCAAGUAUUUCUUUAUUUGAAACAGAGAUGAAUUCUGCAGAAAUGUGCAAAUUUAACAAAGUCUAAUAGGGAAAAUCAAUGGAGGUAUUACACCUAAAGCCAAUGUUACUUAAAGUAAAUGAAAAUUAGGUUGACUCUACAGGCUCUUAGGAACAAUUGCUGCUGCUGUUUGUGGUCCUAAAUGUAGUAAUGCUUUGUUUUCUUAUGCUAAUUUAAUGUAUUCCAUAUAUAUUUUUACCAAAGCUACGCUAUUAUAUAGAUGAAUUAUUUGUACAUAUAAAAAAGAAGAUGUGGUAUGAUAUGUAUUGUAUUCUGAGUUGUACUUUUAUUCUGCUGAGUUGAAAACUUUUAUCUACUUAAUGCUAACAAAUACUUACUAUUACUUACAAAGUACUAACAUUUUGUUAUCUUCUUAGUUUACAUUUUAUUGUUUCACUUUUAUGUUUGAAAUAUUUUAGAUAUCCCAAUUGUUUUGUGAUGUUGCUUUUAUUAUCUUGAAAUACUGCCUGACAUGUAUGCUUGUCUUGCCCUUAACAGUCAAAACAAGUACUAUGUUUAUCACAUUUCUUGUGUUGUUAAUUUGACAAAAAUCUUAUUAAAAAAGAACAUAAUGUCAUUGAUCAAAAAUACAAGUUCGAUUUUGCUGAUUUUAACAUUUGCUAUCCAAGAGUUCAGCAUCUUAAAUACUUAAAAAUAAUGAGGUUUUGAUGUUUUCUAUGUUGCCAUUUGAUAAUUUUGUUACAGAACCAUAUUCAUGGAUGCUGAUGCUGACGAAACUAUGAAUAUCAGUUUUCCAAAAAAUGUAUUUUUAAAAAAUCUUGAUUCACCAGUUUGCUAGAUUUUGAAUAACAUUCAUAUACUAGUACCCAACUUUAAAUUGAUGAUUGUACAGGACCUUGUUAAAAUCAAGUGAUAUUCAUAUAGGGAUCACAAUGUAUUUAAAAAGUGAUUAAUUCUGUAUGAUGCAUACUUGCAAAAUGAGUAAAUACUGACUCAUUUGGUAUCAGAUUCGAUUUGAGUUAGAAGACAAACUUUGAUAUAACAUACUUAAAAUGUAUUGGAUAAAUGGUCAAAUUAUAUUUAUCUAUAUAUUAUAUUUACUGUCUGUAUAACAGUAUAUAUAUAAGGUGAAGGGUGAAGGUGCUGAAAAUAAACUGACAUGUGUACUGAACAGUUGUUUCUGGACUAUAAUCCUGUAGUUUUACACGUUUCUGUUAUCAUGCACGGAAGUGGAACUAAAAUUUAAUAAAUGAGACAAGGAUUUAUUUUGAUAUUUAUGCCAGUACGUUGUCGUUACUAAAAGUAAACUUUAAAAGUUUCGGAAAAGUGGUCUUCUAAUGACUAUCACUGAAUGUUCUUUAAUGAUAUUUUAAUUGUUAUGUCCAGCUUUCCACUUAUUGUAUUUAUCAGGUUUAUUGAAUAAAAAGUUCUGCAUGA